CUGUGUUUAUAUUUAUUUCCGUUCACGCAGAGUUUAAUCCACCCAUUCCAUCACCAUGCAUCAUCCAUUUGUGCGUCAAUUAUUUCAAAAUAUUUCUCAAGAAACGUCUCGCCAGCAUCAACGAGUUUUGGUGAACUAAUGUGUCCAAUAUUUCGGAUGAGUCCAUCCGGAAAAUUAAUUGUAAAUGCUCGGAAAUUCGCGCAUUAUUUGCUCAAGCCCCCGAAAACUUGCAAAUCAGCUAAUGAAUUUUGCAGAGAAUUAAAAUUACCGUUAAAUCCCAAAAUGGUGGCAGAUUUUACGGAACCAUAUCUGCUAAUUAAUUGCGCGCCGCCAUUAAAUUCCUAUGACCCGCUGUAUGAACGUUUCCAGACCGUUUUCGAAACGCUUUAGACUUCUUUAAGAUGGAUAAUUUUCCUGUCGCGGAGUGGCUACUUGUAAAUUAGGAUAAAUUAUUUCAUUGGACGGGAUUGGGCGACGAUAUUUGCUAAAGAUUUGCGUUAUCUCUCGGAAGCUACAUAAUCGUGCAACCGCCAUCCAAUCAGUCACCGCCAUUUGAGAAAUAUUAAGAUUGACGAUAUUAAGUAAUCGGAAGGCAUCCAACGUAACUUUCAUUUCACAUCUUAAAACUUUAAGAAUCAAGAUAUAUUCUCGAGUUUAUAAAUAAUCGAGGACUUAUUUAUAACAAAAUGGUUUGUGAAUUAUAAGUGAAUAAUCUUAAAGACGAAGAAAGUGCCACAUACUGAGAAGGAAAAUCCGUGAUCUUUAUAUUAAUGUAUAAUAAGACCUUCUGUUUAAACCGUUGAAUGAAAUUAAAAGAGAUAUUUUCUUAAGUUGAAGUGUUAUUAACAUUAUAAGGAAAUAUUUAAUUACACGAAAACCUGUAAGAAAAAAGCUAUGAAGGGAUCAUUUAGCAUAGACUCGCUGUUAGCAAAAAAGACGGACGUCCGCUUAGCGUCCCCGGCCACAACGACGUCACCCAUGACGUCACCGCGAAUGUCAUCCAACGGAUCCAGCAAUCCUUCAACGCCCAGCCCCGAAGCUCGCCACUCGCCGGAACUUCUUCACGGCAAGCAUCACCUGCUGUUGAAGAGCGGCUUCAUCCCACGACCCGGUCUUCUGAGCUCUCAUCAGCAGAUGUUACUCCAGUCGAAUCCGCUGGCGCUGCAGAGUCUUCUCCAAGCGCAGUACCUGAGCGCGCUCAACGGUCACCACGUGGAUCAUCACCAUCACCACCACCACGCGGCCUCCCACGCGCAAGGCGUCCACGGGAGCCCUAACCACGGUCACUCUCACUCGCUGGCGCCGUCGCACGUUCACGGAAGUUCGUCGGCAUUCCACUCGCCCGGGGACCACGCAUUCAAGAUCGCCGCCGCGCAGAUGCACGCCGCGCAUGCGCAAGGCGGGCACGUGCAGCCAUACCUGAACGAGUGGAUGACACGUGGCGGAAUGCUGAUGUCCAGGAUGAUUGAUUAUUCAGCCCAAGCGCAGAACAGUCUUUUGGGAAAAACCCGUCGCCCCCGUACCGCGUUCACGAGCCAGCAGCUUCUCGAGUUGGAACGCCAGUUCAAGAUGAACAAGUACUUGUCCAGGCCGAAGAGAUUUGAGGUGGCGACCACCUUGAUGCUAACAGAGACCCAGGUGAAAAUCUGGUUCCAAAACAGACGAAUGAAAUGGAAGAGGAGUAAAAAGAACUUUACCACGUCACAGAAACCCCUUGACAACCAAUCGAAUCAAAACGAGGCUGGAGGGUCGGCCGAAAGCGAAACAGAAGACAUUGCGGAUAUGAACGAUGAUUCGGAUAUUGACAUUUCGGAUAACGAUGAAGUUGAUAUCGAACACGAGGAGAACGAAUCGAUCGGGAAGGAAAAUGAAAUGCGGAACUCCAACAGCGGCUGUGCUUCGACGUUAGAUCUGAGUUUAAGACGGUUUGAAAUGAGACAAGAUUCUUUACAAUACGUACCCGUGUCAAACUUUGCAGUUGAAAACAAACUUUUAAACGCGACGUCCGUGUCAUAAAAAAUGACACAUGUUGACGUUGAUGAAUGUGCAAUUAACGUUGGAAAAUAAGUAUAAAAAUGUUACUGUCGAUAGGCAAUUAUGUUCUGAGCAAGUUUGUUUUUAUUUCAAAAUUUAAUGAACAUGUAUUGGGCUAGUAUAUUUGCAAUAUGAACACUAUACAAAACACAUUACUUUGCAGACGAAGAGUUUUCAAAAUGACUCCGUGAAAUGUUUGUCUUAUUAUAGAUGGACAUAUUGUAUAUUUUACAUAUGACAUUUUUAUUUCAUUAUACAUUAUACUUAGUAUGUUGUCCUUCCAUCUGUAUCAGCUGUCUGUUAAUAAGCCUAAAGGGUUGUUUGUGUCCAAUCAACCGACCGACCAUAAUUGUUGUGUCGACCAUUAACGUUGUUUUUGGUAUUGAAGUUUCCAGUUCAGGUUUUACUAGAUUUGAUCAUAUUAAAUUAAUUCCUUCAUUUAUAAAAAUAUGUAAUAAAUUAUAAAGAAUAUUUAACAGACUUUUCAAAACUUUAUAGUCUUCUUACCUACCCUUUUUCAGAUGUAAGUGGAAAUAAUCAUUAUUUUAGUCUCGCAUAGGCUUAUCAGGGACGACACUUCCACCUAAACUGUAUUUUCGCCAUGGAGUAGACUAUUCUGGGACAACACUGUACACACAUGCAUUAAGCCCCUUUUCCCCAGAACGAGGCUCGUUUGUUUUCGCCUAUGCAUGCAAUUCCGUCAAAAGCAACCUAUACAAAUUUUCUCCAGCCAUUGACGGUCCAUUACGUAUUGAGCUGCCGAUCCUGAUAUACUGGAAAUGCUUUUGUAUGUAAUGCCAUUAUUUAUUCACUAUGUUUAUAUUACAUAAUUAUAAUAAAUGUUGGGCCAUGCUCUGUGAAAAAGGGGUUAAAUGCAUGUGCGUAAAGUGUCGUCCCAGCUUAGCCCGUGCAGUCCGCACAGGCUAAUCAGGGACAACACUUUCAGUUUUUUUUAAUAUAUUUUUCGUUUCAAGAAAGUUUCCUUUUAGCAAGAAUCAUGUUUAGGCGUAAAGUGUCGUCUCUGAUUAGCCUGUGUGGACUGCGCAGGCUUAUCAAGAACGACACUUUACGCACAUGCAUUAAACCCCCUCUUCACAGAGCACGCUCCAUAUGUAUGAUAUAAAAUUCCUUAAUGUCUGAUAACAAUUGCAAGUGAGAUACUUUUUGUAAAUAAUAAACUUUAUAAGGCAUCCACAAGUUGCCAUACCAUAUCACGAAAACAAUAGAAUUAAACAGAAAAUAGAACAGAAAAUAAUUGUAUUACACAUAAACUUUACAGUUUCUAGUGUUAAACAAAAUAAUUAUACAAAAUACAUGAAUAUAGUAAGUGGAUUUAGCAGACAUGUUAUAAAAUAGUAAAUGAUAAACUUUACAGAUGCUUGUACAAAACGCGUUUUAUAUCGCAUGUUAAACAGCGUAUCUAACUUCAUAUGGAACCUUUUUAAUACAUUAAUGUAUUUAUUAUCAUUUAGGUAAAACACGACUUGUAAUUUGGAGGAGCAUACUAUAAUACAUUGCGAAUCCAAACCACAUAAUAUUUAAGUAGCAACGGCACAAUUACGAAUUAUAAUUAUACUUAGUGUAUAUAUAUAAUAUAUAUCAGCAUAUUGUCUAUGAAACAACAAGCACCUCAAAUUAUUCAGUUUGUUAAGCGUUAUAGCUUUAUCAAGUAAAAUGAUGAUUAUUCAUAAACGAAAAUGUAUAAGACUACGUCUUUAUUGUUAUUUCCCUUCCUGAUGCACAGUCUAUUUUUUUUUGUUUGGAUCAGUAACAAAAGGUUCAAAUAAUGUAAGUAUGACAAUAUCUGAACAAGUGUAUUUAAGUUUAAAAUAAAAUAAAAUGUCUUUAACAAGUAAUAAAGGGAAACUGCUAUGUUUUAUUAUAAAGCAAAAUGCUAUAGGAUUUGACAUUGAAAAUUGUAUCUGAUUUGUUUUUGCAUUAAAUACAACUUAAGUUAUUAUUCCCCGUGGGCACGUUUGUAAAUUCCCGUUCUGCAGAUGAUGUCAAUGUUUUUUUUUUAACGCGAAUAAAUUAGUCUGUAAAAUACAGGCAUUUUUGUUGCAAAUGUAUGUUAAUGCACGUAUUUUUGAAUCAUUAAGUAAGUUUACAUCAUUAUUUUUGCAUGAAUUUUAUCACAACAAUACAUGCAUAUUUAAUGAAAAUUGCAAUAAAUAAAUAUGGACAUGAAAUAUU